GAGAGCGAGCGAACUCGGGGAAAGUGCUGGGGAUGGGCAGGAAAGUGACUCGGGCAAGGGCUGCUUUCCACCGCCCCGGAGUCCCAGCACCGCUGCUGCUGCCCGCCCGGACACACCCCGGCUCUGCCUGCCCUUAGCUCCUGCACCAGCCCACCCUGCUCCGGGCAGAGCCAGCGCGCCCCCGACCAAUGCAACAAUAAGCCAGCCCCCCCCCGCCAGAGGAAGGAAGAAGGGGACCGGUUACUAUCGAGGAGGCGGCUGUGUAUUCCACCGAGGGGCAGUGAGUGAGCGAAUCUGGAUCCCACGGACGAGAUGCAGGAGAACUAUGAGAAUGUGAUCUCACUGGCGGAGGAGAUUGCGAUCAGCUGGCCCCGGAUAACUGCAUUCGCCGAGUCACACAGGAGGAGAGGAUUGGUCUCUGUUUCCUUUCCUAGACCCAGGGAGUUACUGGAUUCUCUCGUUGUUCCAGCAGAUGAUGGGAUGGUGAGUGAGAAUGAGGAGGAGGAUGCUCAGCAGGGAGGCCUUGAGAAGGUGGAUGCCCAGGGGACGAUGCCGGGCAAGUCCAAGGGGAGCUCUCCCCAGAGUGCCGAUGUGGGGAAAGCCAGCGAGGGCCCGCAGAAAGUGGAAGGACAGCCGAGGAAGCCCUCAGGCAAGAGGCAGGGCAAAUCCGCUCACCGUGGUUUCAAGAAGUUCCACCAGCGGAGCCUGCUGGGGCACAGCCGGUGCCAUGACUGCGGCAAGAGCCUGGGCUUCGGCUCGGGCUUCAACAAGCGCCCACGUCUGCGCAGCGCCGAGAAGCCCUACAAGUGCAACGAGUGUGGCAAGUGUUUCCGGCUCAGCUCCACUCUCAUCACCCACCAGCGCCGCCACGCCAGCGAGAAGCCCUACAAGUGCGCCGACUGCGGCAAGAGCUUCAGCGUGGGCUCGGCCUUCAUCCAGCACCAGCGGGUCCACACUGGCAGCGUCAAGCCCUGCCAGUGCAAUGUCUGCGGCAAGAGCUUCAGUGCCAGCACCAGCCUGGUCAAGCACCAGAAGCUGCACCUGGAAGAGAAGCCUUACAAGUGCGACGAGUGCGGCAAGGGCUUUAACUGGAACUCGCACCUGGAACGCCACCGGCGCAUCCACACCGGCGAGAAGCCCUACACCUGCCCUGAAUGUGGGAAGAGCUUCAGCUGGAGCUCCCACCUGGACCGCCACCGCCGCACCCACCUGGGCGGGGAGAAGGCCUGCAAGUGCACUGACUGCGGUCGUUGCGUUGGCCCCAAUGGCACCAAACCCCAGCGCGGAGCAGGAGGAGCCGCCGCCGCCGCCACCGAGAAGCCCUACCAGUGCCCCGAAUGUGGCAAGGGCUUCAACAAGAGUGCCACGUUGGCCAAGCACCGGCGUUCCCACACAGGCGACAAGCCCUACAAGUGCGAGGAGUGUGGCAAGAGCUUCGGGCUGAGCGCCUCCCUGCUGCAGCACCAGCGGAGCCACGCAGCCGGAAAGCCCUACCAGUGCGGCGACUGCGGCAAGAGCUUCGCCUGGAGUUCCCACCUGGACCGGCACCGGCGCAUCCACAUGGGCGAGAAGCCCUACCGCUGUGGGGACUGCGGCAAAAGCUUCUCGCAGAGCUCCCACCUGGAACGGCACCAGCGGGUGCACCUGGGCUCGGAGCAGCCCUGCCAGUGCACUGACUGCGGGAAGAGCUUCCUGGCCAGCGCCAAGCGGCGCCGCGUGCUGAGCGGGGAGCGUCCCUGCAAGUGCACCGACUGCGGGAAGAGCUUCCUGUGGGGCUCCCGCGCCAGGCCUUCCCCUGUGGCGGAGAGGACCCACAAAUGCACGGAGUGCGGGAAGAGCUUCACCUACCGGGCGGAGAACGUCAAGCACCAGGGCACGCAGACAGGCGAAAAGCCCUACACCUGCCCUGAGUGCGGCAAGAGCUUUGGGCAGAACUCGGCCCUGGUGAAGCACCGGCGCAUGCACACCGGCGAGAAGCCCUACAAGUGCGGGGACUGUGGGAAGAGCUUCAGUGUCCGCUCCAACCUCAUCAAGCACCAGCGCACCCACCUGGGUGAGAAGCCCUACAAGUGCCCUGACUGCGGCAAGGGCUUCAUCCAGAAGUCGGACCUGACCAAGCACCGGCGCAUGCACACUGGGGAGAAGCCCUACAAGUGCAAUGUCUGUGGGAAGUGCUUCAGCGUCAGCUCCAACCUCAUCAAGCACCAGCGCAUCCACCUGGGCGAGAAGCCCUACCAGUGCUCUGAGUGCGGCAAGAGCUUCAUCCAGCGCUCGGAGCUCACCAUCCACCAGCGCGUGCAUACUGGCGAGAAGCCCUACAAGUGCCCCGAGUGCGGGAAGUGCUUCAGCCGCAGCUCCCACCUCAACCGGCACCAGCGCACCCACACCGGCGACAAGCCCUCACUGCUCUCCACCACCAAGAACUCCACUGCUGCCGCCGCCAGCAACCCCCUGCAGGCCUCCUCUGCCUUCUCCUCUGCCUCCUUCUCCUCCCCGCUGGGCACCUCCUCUGCACCCCUCCCCGCCCUACCCUCUUUCCCUUCCUCCCCCUCACCCAUCUCCAUCCCUGCCCUCUCCAACAACCCGCUGGAUCUGCCCUGGGCUCUGUCCUUCCCAUCCCGUGGCUUCCCCCACCCUUCCUUCCCUUCGCCUGCUCCGUCCGGGGCCUCGGCCUCAUCACUGAUAAACUAACCACCCCCCGCAGCCUCUCUGUUCCCCCUCACUCCCCCUAAUUCUUGCCUGCAUCUUUCUUCACCUCCUCCAUAUCUCCCCCCUUUGCCCUGCCUUUUGCCACCCCUCUCACUCUCUCUGCUCCCAGGGCUGUGCAGUUGGCUUCCUACUCUCCUGCUCUUUCCUCCUUCCCCAUUCCUUCUCCUCCUCCAAAAUUCACACCAUCCACCUCUUCUUCCCCUCUCCUUCCCCUUCACACAUCUGGCUCCUCCCACUUCCCCUCCCUUCUCGGUGCCUCCAGCUUCCAUGCUGGUGACCUAUUCAACAGGACUGCAACUUGCUUCCUGCCCCCAAUGUCCUCAUCUGACUUGCAGCACUGGAUCAGUUUCCUUGACUCUCUCUUGACCUGCUCCUCGCCGUACCCAGUUCCCUUUCUGGCCCCUCUUGGGCUCUGAAUUCUUAUUCCCCAGUAAUCAGGUCACCUCUUUCCAUACAGCCCUCUUCCCGCAUACCGCCUGCCCAGCUUGAUGUUCCUCCCAUGAUCUCCCGUCUGUGCUUUCCUUGAUGUUCUCAGCCCCUUCCUCAUCUCGCUACAAAAAUUUGUAAAUACA